CCGCUCCACUCUGCAAGCUCCUACAUGCUGGAUUUAUAAAGAACAAAGUGAGGAGAGGAGUGGAACAGGGGGAGAUCUCUGAACAUGAGUGAGGAAGCUAAGGAGAAAGCAGGCAGCGGGAAAGCAGCCCAUCGCAAGAAGAAAGGCAAAAAGUCUGACAGUAAUGCCAGUUACCUGCGAGCUGCCCGUGCAGGGAACCUUGAAAAGGUCCUCGACUACCUCAAGUCUGGGGUUGAGAUUAACAUUUGCAAUCAGAAUGGUCUGAACGCUCUCCAUCUAGCCUCCAAGGAGGGGCAUGUAGAGGUUGUUGCUGAGCUGCUAAAGCUCGAAGCCGCUGUGGAUGCAGCCACAAAAAAAGGAAACACUGCUCUGCACAUAGCCUCGCUGGCUGGCCAAACGGAAGUUGUCAAAGAGCUGGUCAAUAAUGGAGCCAAUGUCAACGCACAAUCUCAGAAUGGCUUCACUCCUCUGUACAUGGCAGCCCAGGAAAAUCACCUGGAGGUGGUACGAUUCCUUCUGGAGAACAACGCCAGCCAGAGUAUGGCCACUGAGGAUGGCUUCACCCCUCUGGCAGUGGCCCUACAGCAGGGCCAUGACCAGGUGGUCUCCUUGCUACUGGAGAACGAUACAAAGGGCAAGGUACGCCUGCCUGCCCUGCACAUCGCUGCCCGCAAGGAUGACACCAAGGCCGCGGCCCUGCUCCUGCAGAACGACCAUAACGCAGAUGUUGAGUCCAAGAGUGGUUUCACCCCCCUCCACAUUGCGGCUCACUAUGGCAACAUUAACGUGGCAACGCUUCUCCUGAACCGAGGGGCUGCCGUGGACUUCAUGGCUCGGAAUGACAUCACGCCUCUUCAUGUGGCGUCAAAAAGGGGCAACAGCAACAUGGUCAAGCUGCUGCUGGACAGAGGGUCCAAAAUUGAUGCAAAGACAAAGGAUGGGCUGACACCUCUUCACUGUGGGGCGAGGAGCGGGCAUGAACAGGUGGUAGAAAUCCUACUAGACCGAGGAGCACCUUUCCUGUCCAAGACCAAGAACGGUCUGUCACCGCUCCACAUGGCCACUCAGGGGGACCACCUGAACUGCGUCCAGCUCCUGCUCCAGCAUGACGUGCCGGUGGACGACGUCACCAACGAUUACCUGACAGCGCUGCACGUCGCUGCCCACUGUGGUCAUUACAAGGUGGCCAAGCUCAUCGUGGACAAGAAGGCCAACCCGAAUGCCAAGGCUCUGAAUGGUUUCACUCCACUUCACAUUGCUUGCAAGAAGAACAGAGUGAAAGUGAUGGAGCUGUUGCUUAAACAUGGAGCGUCUAUCCAGGCUGUCACCGAGUCUGGCCUGACGCCCAUCCAUGUGGCGGCCUUCAUGGGCCAUGAGAACAUUGUCCAUGCACUGACACAUCACGGGGCAUCACCCAACACGACCAACGUACGAGGUGAAACAGCUCUCCACAUGGCAGCCAGGGCAGGCCAGGCAGACGUAGUCCGAUACCUGCUCAAGAAUGGAGCCAAGGUGGAGACCAAGUCCAAGGACGACCAGACAGCGUUGCACAUCUCGAGUCGGCUGGGGAAAGUCGACAUUGUCCAACAGCUGCUGCAGUGCGGCGCAUCUGCCAACGCUGCCACAACCUCAGGCUACACCCCCCUUCACCUGGCUGCCCGUGAAGGACACCAAGAUGUUGCUGCCAUGCUGCUGGAGAAUGGAGCCUCACUCUCCUCCUCGACUAAGAAAGGCUUCAGUCCCCUCCAUGUGGCAGCAAAGUACGGCAAGAUGGAGGUGGCCAGUCUCCUCCUACAGAAGAGAGCUGCGCCUGAUGCUGCUGGAAAGAGCGGGCUAACUCCACUGCAUGUAGCUGCUCACUACGAUAAUCAGAGAGUGGCACUGCUGCUGCUGGAUCAGGGAGCUUCCCCACAUGCUGCCGCCAAGAAUGGCUACACACCACUCCACAUUGCUGCCAAAAAGAACCAAAUGGACAUUGGGACCACACUGCUGGAGUACGGCGCCGAUACCAACGCGGUGACGCGGCAAGGCAUUAGCCCCAUUCACCUGGCAGCGCAGGAGGGCAGCGUGGACCUGGUGUCCUUACUGCUGGCCAAGAAUGCUAACGUCAAUGUGUGCAAUAAGAGCGGACUUACACCACUCCACUUAGCAGCUCAGGAGGACAAGGUUAAUGUUGCGGAGGUCCUUCUCAACCACGGGGCUGAUGUCAACCCACAGACAAAGAUGGGUUACACUCCGCUGCACGUGGCUUGUCACUAUGGCAACGCAAAGAUGGCAAACUUCCUGCUGCAGAAUAAUGCCAGAGUCAAUGGCAAAACCAAGAACGGGUACACUCCUCUACACCAGGCUGCUCAGCAGGGCCACACCCACAUCAUCAACCUGCUGCUUCAGCACGGGGCCUCGGCCAACGAGCUCACCAUGAAUGGGAGCACUGCCCUAUCCAUCGCCUGUCGUCUUGGGUACAUCUCCGUGGUGGACACUCUGAGGCCAAUGACGGAUGAAAACCUGACUGCCAUGAGUGCAUCAGAAAAACACAAAAUCAAUGUCCCAGAGACCAUGAAUGAAUUCCUCGACUUGUCAGACGAUGAAGGUGAGGAUGCGAUGACAGGGGACACCGACAAAUACCUGCGGCCUCAGGACCUCAAAGAGUUGGGGGAUGAUUCUCUCCCUCAGGAGGGGUACAUGGGUUUCAGCAUAGGAGCCCGCUCUGCCAGUUCGGACAGGUCCAACACACUCAACCGGAGCUCCUUUGCGCGAGACAGUAUGAUGAUUGAAGAGAUUCUUGCCCCCACAAAGGACACGCACCUGGCCGUGACGAGAGACUACAGCUCGGAGUGCAUGCGGCGCUACAGCUGGACUCCGGACACCGUGGACCACAGCCACAACACUGUAUCGAGCCCCAUUCACUCUGGCCUCUCCUCCCCGCUCCCUCAGUAUGACUCCAGGUUCUUGGUCAGCUUUAUGGUGGACGCCCGCGGUGGAUCCAUGAGAGGCAGCCGGCAUAAUGGCAUGCGCAUCAUCAUCCCCCCAAGGAAGUGCACGGCGCCCACACGCAUAACCUGUCGCCUGGCCAAAAGGCACAAGCUGGCCUACCCCCCACCCAUGGUGGAGGGAGAGGGGCUGGUCAGCCGGCUGGUGGAGGUCGGACCAGCUGGGGCUCAGUUCCUUGGUCCUGUGAUUGUGGAGAUCCCCCAUUUUGGUUCCAUGCGAGGGAAAGAGAGAGAGCUGAUUGUGCUGAGGAGUGACAAUGGUGACACGUGGAAGGAGCACCAGUCUGAUGGCAGACCAGAAGACCUCCCUGAGCUCCUUAGUGGAAUGGAUGAAGAGCUGGACAGUCCUGCUGAGUUGGAGAAGAAGCGCAUUUGCCGCAUUGUCACCAGAGAUUUUCCUCAGUAUUUUGCUGUGGUGUCACGGAUCAAGCAGGAGUCUAACCACAUGGGUCCCGACGGAGGCUUGCUGUCCAGCAGCACUGUGCCCAUGGUCCAGGCCUCAUUCCCUCAAGGGGCCCUCACCAAGAGGAUCCGUGUUGGCCUGCAGGCCCAGCCUGUUCCAGAUGAUAUGGCAAGGGCCAUCCUUGGGAACAGGGCCACCUUCAGCCCCAUCGUCACUGUAGAGCCCAGGAGGAGGAAGUUCCACAAGCCAAUCACCAUGACGAUCCCUGUCCCACCUAGAUCGGCAGAAGGCCAUCCCAGCGGCCACCGAGGCGACUCUGCACCCUGCCUGCGUCUGCUCUGCAGCAUCACAGGAGGAACCUCCCCUGCCCAGUGGGAGGACAUCACAGGGACCACACCCCUGUCCUUUGUAACUGAUUGCGUCUCCUUCACCACAAAUGUCUCGGCCAGGUUCUGGCUCGCAGACUGUCACCAGAUUCCUGAGACGGUGAGUCUAGCGUCUCAGUUAUACCGGGAGCUGAUCUGCGUGCCGUACCUGGCCAAGUUUGUGGUGUUUGCUAAGAUGAACGACGCUAUUGAGGCUCGGCUGCGCUGCUUCUGCAUGACAGACGACAAGGUGGACAAGACCCUCGAACAGCAGGAGAACUUUGAGGAAGUGGCCAGGAGUAAAGAUAUCGAGGUUCUCGAGGGCAAGCCUAUCCAUGUGGAUUGUUACGGCAACCUGUCCCCUCUCACCAAAAGUGGGCAGCAGUUGGUUUUCAACUUCUACUCCUUCAAGGAAAACAGACUUCCUUUCAACGUGAAGAUCAGAGAUAUGGGCCAGGAGCCAUGUGGUCGCCUCUCCUUCCUGAGAGAGCCAAAAUCCAUUAAAGGCCUUCCUCAGACUGCCAUAUGCAAUUUGAAUAUCACACUGCCAACCCACAAGAAGGAUAUCGAGUCUGAUCCUGAUGAUGAGACUGAAAAGCCAGAACGACGUCAUACCUUUGCCUCCUUAGCUUUGCGUAAGCGCUACAGCUAUUUGACCGACCCAGCAGCGAGUCCCCAAAGUCCUUGUGAGCGAACAGACUUGCGCAUGGCUAUCGUUGCAGAUCACCUGGGACUCAGUUGGACAGAGUUGGCUCGGGAGAUGAACUUCACAGUGGAUGAGAUCAACCACAUCAGACUAGAGAACCCCAACUCUCUGACAGCACAAAGCUUCAUGCUACUUAAGAAAUGGGUCACUCGGGAAGGGAAAAACGCCACAACGGAUGCCUUAACUACAGUGCUGACCAAAGUCAAUCGGAUGGAUAUUGUGACUUUACUGGAGGGCCCAAUAUUUGACUAUGGUAACAUUUCAGGCACGAGAUGUUUUGCCGAUGAUAACGCUGUUUUCCGGGAUCAGGCUGAUGAUUAUCAGAGCAUUCUAGCGGAGUUGCAGUCCCCUGCCGCACUGCACUCUGACCCCCACUUCCUGGAGCCCGAACUCCCCGUCACCCCCAACCCUACCCUUGCCCACCACCAACACCACCACUACCCAGAACCAGACACCCCUUCACUGGCUGACUCCCAACCUCAGCCCCUGCCCUGGAGCCCGGAAAUAGAGCCUGGCAGUGGUGAGCCAGACAGCCCCCCUAGGAGCCCCCCCAGACCCUGUGAGCUCGCCUUGUCCGUCCCAGCUUUUGAACUCCCUGAUCCUGUUUCUUCUAAGGUCAGGAAGCCCCACAUCGCUCUGAACGACCAGCUGCUUUUGAGCGAGGAGGAGGACAGGUCUUGUCAAGAAAUGGAGCUGAGUCACAAGCCUAAGUCACACUCCCUCCCACCCAUGUGUGAGUUAGACAUUGACAUGGCUUACUCCACAUCUUCCCCAUCACUCUCAUCAGUAUCAUCAGUAACCCCUUUGUCGCCUGACAGAGCACAAAUGGGAGAUGGAGGAGCGCAGAUAGUUGCCCCCAAUGGGGUACAGGAGGAUGUAGGUUUGAAAGGAGGUGAACAGGAAGUGACAGAAGAAAUAGAGAAGGUUGUUUGGAUGGUUUCAGCAGGGUUAACAGAGGGAAAUGGAUUAGUGGAAAAGUGGGUGGAGCAGGACUUGAUUAAAAAUGUGGAAAGAAAAUGUGAGAUGAUAACAAAAGAUAGGUCUAAGAUGGCAGAGGAAAAUAAGAUGUUGGUGGAACAGAAGGAGGGAUCUGCAGAGGAAGAGAAAGAUGUGGCAAAUAAGCAGUGUGUCCUUAUUCAAGAUUGGAAUGAGGGGUCCGCUUGUGAGGUUGAGGAGGUGAAAGAUGUGCAGAAUCAAUCAGAAGAACAGCAUAAUCUGAUAGAAAUUGGGCAUGAAGUGGAAAAAGACAUUGGAAUAGAAGCAGAGACUUUCACAGAGUGUAUUGAUGGAAUACCUGGAGUUCACAACGUUGACACAGAUGGAGAACUGCAGUUUAAGGAUGAAGAAGGGUUGUGUGGCAGUGAAAGAGAUAUUUGCGGGACAUCAGAAGGGGACCAGGCAGCGGAGGACCAGGCUGUAGCUCGGCUCUCCCCUCAGGCCUGGGUUGAGGCACUUGGGGAUCGUCAGUCUAGUGAUUCUGGAUCCAAUGAGGAAGAGGAGGAGGGAGACAGAGAUGAAGAAAUCACAGGGGAGGCAUUAGGAUCUCUGUUGGAGGAGGUGAAGAAAGAAGAAGGCUCAGAGGAGAAGGAGGAGGACAAAGGGAUGACUGAGGCCAGUGUUCAGGAGAUUCUUGAUCAGGUUGAACAGGCAGAAAAAGAAGUGUGUUCACUUUCAGGUUGGCACAGUGAUUCAUCCAGCGUCAAUGUGGAACCACCAACGCCAGGCCGCAGUGUCAGCUCAGACCUGCUCGACAGGCGGGAAAGCCAAGAGAACUCAAGUGACUCCAUCACUUCCUCGUCUAGGGGCGAAUCAGGGAGGUCCCGACAGAACGGCGACAAGUCAAAGCAUUCACCUCAGGAUGGUUCAUCUGAAUCAUCGAAUGGCAAAAAGGAGGAAGGAGCACUGGUGUCAGAGAAAAGAGUCCAGCAGCGAGUUAGUGUAGAUUCCGGUUCAGAGGAAGAACAGACUGUAACCACCAGAAUCUUCAGACGCCGUCUCAUUUUAAAGGGAGAACAAGCCAAGAAUUUCCCAGGCGAGUCUGUGACAGAGCAACACUACAUGGACCAAGAUGGUAACCUCAUCAGUAGAAAAGUAAUCAGGAAGGUUAUUCGGCGGGUGUCUACUCCCACACCAGAAAACCAAGGAGGUGAUAUGUGGCACCAAAACCUUCAGCAGAGUCCUGUUCUGCAGGAAGACGGGUCAAAGCAAGGAGAAGGGUCAAGGAAUAGCAGGCGAAAGGAUGACAGAAGGUCAGGGGAUAAAAAGUUCCACUCAUAGGGAUGGUUGUGCUCUACCAGAUAUACAGGAACCAAGUAAGAUGUUUCCUGGGAAUGAGUGUUCAGAAGGCUGGAGAGUUCUAGUGUGAGGACUUCAUGCAAGGGUCCAGUCUUCAACAAUCUGCUUCAAACUAAUGGUUUUCACGUGAGAGGAGUCGACCCUUCUGACUUACGCAUGAGCAUGAAAAACUCACCUCCUCUCAAUCAAAGGGCCGGGAGGUUCCCACUUUCUGACAGUGGUGGACCCGUGGACAAUGAUUCUGCUUCCUGUUUUGUGUGAAACAAUACGUGCCAUCGGCCCACUGGUGUUGUGAGAGCUUUUUGAGGAGCAUCGUUUGUUGUGAAAACAAAAAAGACUCCCUUACUGACAACCACAGAUGUGCAACUGUGACCAAAGAUGGCACAAGAGCUCAGUCCACAUGGUGGGUGGAAAGAAGUAGACACAAUAACACAAAAAAUCUAAUGGAACACUUCUGAUCCAACUUCAACACUCGCCUUAUAGUUUUUUCUUAAACCCAUUGUUGUCAGGAUGUAAAUUGUUUUGGAAUUUUUUUUCUUCCUUCCUCUUUUUAAAACUUAAACUAACACAAAAGCUUUUUUCUGUAUAUAAAAUUACAAUGUGUAAAAUUCUUAAAAAAGGGCAAGUUACUGGUUGAGAAUGCACUGAGGAGAGUAACCUUUUCAAGUGCUUUCAAACUGUAUUGAAACGGUUCCCCUUUUUAAGAUUUGAGUUUAACUUCACAGGUUCUUGUAUAAUUAAUUAUUAGAGCAGGUAUAAUGUUUGUACAUGAAAAAAUAGCUGGUUUGGUUUUAAAAGGAAAUUUCCAGAAAAUCAGAUUUCAGUAAUUCCCAAAGUGGGAAUGGAUCUAAUCCUACAAAAAGCAGCCUUUCAGAGUUCUCAUAUUUUCAUGCAUGCUGUUCACAUUAUUUUAAGUACAAUUUUUACAAGUUUGCAAACACUGUAUUCAAAUGACAAAUAAAACCCUUUAUCCGUGUACACAUAUAGCCCUAACAUUUGUCACCAGUUUUAUAUUUUAAAUUGAAAAAGGGUACCAUGAAAACAUUUAUCAUGUUUGGGGUGAGGAUGAAAAAAAGUUCUAUAGCUUCUUGAGGGUGUGAUGUCUUGUCUGUUUAUGUAAAAACGGAGGGCAGCUUCUGCUACAAGAAUGAAAUAAUCUGAAUGUAAAUGCUAGUAGGCUGAUUCGCUGUAAAAUUAUAACUUUAUUGUGCGUAUUGGCUAUAAGGUGUAGGAGUCUCAGUACACUGUUAGACUGUUUAUAAUCAUUUUAGCAGUGUGUCAAUUUGGUUUUCUAACAGCUGCUGUGGUAUUUAAGGAAAACUGGGGCAUUUAAUUUUCAAUUCUUUGGUGAAGUAUUUCCUUAAUUUAAAAUCUACUCACAUUAAGGACACAAAGACAUUCUUUGAUUGUAGCUCAAAAUAGCAUAUUGUAUGACAAAAACACUGGAUGGUCAACAAGAAUUAUUUAAGCAUUAAAUAAAUUGUGUUUAACUCUGAAACUGUGUGAUCUUUUUAGGCUUGAGAGUCUGUAUAUGCAGUGUCGAAUAGAAUUGUUUUCACUCGCUCCAAAAUUUGACUUUUAUUUUGAAUUACAUUAGGAAUUAUCUUUGCAUUGGUUUUCAUUAGAUGCCCAUGUAGUUCAAGUGUGGUGUUCUACUGGUGCGAUGGCUCAGUAUGUUGAUGUCUAUGCUGUGGACAUGAAAACUAUGUAACUUUUUUUUGGGACAGGGACGGGUUAAAGGAAGUCAGGUAGGGUGCUGUACCACAUCCCCUUAAACUACUAUGUCAAUCAGGGGGUAGAGGAUCCUUUGAUAUGGUUGAACUAUCAAUUUUGUCAAUUUUGUUUAAUAUGUGUUUUCACCUGAGCAGAUUUUUUGAUGUACAAUUCUUACUAACAGAGUGAAGCCAUUGAAAUGUAACUAUUCUAGCACUUUGGUUAUUAAAGGUCUUUUAGAGGCUAUAGCAGCAAUGAUGCCACCACAAAUGUUUCAGACGUCUUUAAAAAAAAUCUACCUAAAAAUAAAAAAAUAAAAUGCAUUGAUUUCGCAAUA